UGGAGCUCCGUGCCUCGGCUGGAGAGGGUCGCGGGUCGCUCUUCGAGGCGCUCUUCCUCUGAAGAGGUGUGCUGACGUGGGAGCAAGGGAAAUCCGGUGGUUUUUGCGAUCCUUCUUCGGGAUUGCCAUGCCUCAGCUGGGGAGCCCGACACUGGGCCGUUCUAACGUGCGGGUGCGAACACGGUUGGAUGUGCGAACACGGUUGGAUUUCCAAAACUACCUGGAUCCGGAAUGGGAACUGGACGAUGUACAGAAGGGAAAUUCAUUUGGAUCCUGUCAGGAAAAGAAAAUUUUCCCCUUUCAUCAUGCACCAGACCGAUUAGGUAAUGAGUAUGCACCAAUUAAAGGUGAUCCUGAUCUUGGACCAGGAGCUUAUAAUCAUGCAGAGAGGAACAAUCUUAUAUAUAACUUGGCUCAGAGACCACAGAGUACUAAAGGUUACAGCAUGGGAGCAAGAACAACACCACGUUUUGUGAUAAUAAACAAGCAUGUGACCCCUGCACCUACAACAUAUCAGUCAAUAUGGAUCAAAGAACACAAGCAUAAGACUGAACAUUUCCCAUUUCUCAGCAAUAUACCACGGUUUUUAGAGCAGGUUCAAGAUAGAGAACUCUUUCCUGGACCUGGAACUUAUGACCCAUACAGGUUGCCACACAGGCAUGUCAGCUGGCCAGGGAAGUUUGGUUCCCCAGACUGGUCUUUAGUUCCAAUGCCACAGAGAAGAACUUUCAGAGCUGAGCUGCUUUCAGAUAAAGAAUUCAAGAAAUAUCGGAAUCUGGUGGCCUAUCUGAGCAUAUAUUAUAGUGAUUAAUUCUUGUGGCUGAAGAUAUUUCCUCUCCUACAUGCUUAGACCACUAAUUUACUUUUUUAUCCUUAGAAUUAAACAUUUUUAAUUAGUUUAUUACUUCGAUUCAAUAUCCAGACUAUUUCAUAAAGAAUGUCUUUGUUAGCCUUUUAAAUGCUUCUAUUUUCCCACUGUUUCAGUAUAACACAUUUACUCUUCGGAAGAUGUUUCAAAUAUAGGAGUUUGGAUUUUGCUAACAGCCACAUCUGUUAAAAUGUUUCUGGUUUUGAACAGUUUAACUAUAGUAAUACUUAAGAAAAAUGCAGAUUUUCAAAGUAUAAUUUCUACUGAUAUGUCAGUUUGAGAGUUAAGAUCACAAUGCUCACAAAUGUCAUGCCAAAUUUGAGAAAUUAUUAUGGGAGCAAGCAUGUAUUGAUUAAAAGCUAAAA